GUUCUCUCUCUUCACUGUUAGUACCACUGGUUUCUGUCACCAAGUAGCUAGCUACAAAUAAUAACAAGGGCUACGUCUUUGUUUGCCUGUUACUUCCUAAUCCCACCUGACCUCUCAUUUCAAAACCCAAACACACGCACACACGUAUUUAUAGUUCUGUGUUCUCAUCAGAGACCUACCUAAUCUCCAUGGAGAAUGAGAGAAGACGAGCAAUGAGGAAUAGGGCAGAGAUUGAUACAACGGCACCGUUUCGGUCUGUCAAAGAGGCCGUCACGCUGUUCGGAGAAAAGGUCUUAGCAGGGGAGCUCUAUAGUACCACCAAGCUCAAAGAGAUGAAUAAUGGAAGAGAAAAUGAGAAAGGGCAUGGCCCAUCAUCAAAGCUAGCAGGAAACGUGACAGCUGAGCUCGAGGAAACCAAACAAAGCCUCCAAAAAGCUAAAGAAGAAAGUGAGCUAAUGGCAAAUAGCUUAUCUUCUCUUAAACAAGAGCUGGAACGAACAAAGCAAGAGCUUCGACUAUUGAAAGACCGGGAAACUGAGAUUGAAGAUGUUAAGUUUGUCGAGGGCUCGAGAAGGUUUGAUGAGAUCAGAACACACACAUUGUUGUGUGGUGAUGAUGAUGAUCAUUAUCGUCAUCGUCAUCGUCAUCUUCAUCAUCAUCAUCAAUAUCAUGAUCAAGAGGUUGGUGAAUCAUCAGUUGAAUUCCAAAAGAAAAGGUAUGUGACUUUUGCAAAUCCACCUUCACUGGAACAAGUUAUGAUCCCACGAGGAGUUGAGAUUUUGGAGAGACAUCCUUCUCUCAAGAAUAAGGAUAAGAAUAAGAAGAAGAAGAAGCCUUUGAUUCCUUUGAUAGGAGGGAUCUUUUCCAAGAAGAAACCAAGCACUGAAGUUGCAUGAUGAGACCGUAAUAUUAUUAUAUAAACAUUAUGAGACCUUAUUAUACUAAGUACUAUAUAUAUAUAUAUAUAAAUAUAUAUUAGUGCACUUUUGUUUUUGUUUUAAUCUCUACUGUUUUGGAUCCAAGAAUAAUUUCCAAGUCCCUUAAUUUGUUUUUAUGUUAUUUAUGUUUUGUUUUUGUAUGUUAUUAGCCAAGAAGAUUGGCUUAGGGAUGAGACAAAAAAUGUUGUGAACAUAUAUCUAAUAAGGAAUUUAAUUUCUGAUCAAAUAAA